GACGUCUGGCGCGGCACCGUCUUCACCUUUGGCUUUAACGAACUGGGCCAGCUCGGCAUUGGUGCGAGUACGUCGAGCUCCCGCAGCAUGGGCUCAGGUGACUUGACGUGGAGUGGCUCUCCCGUCCGUGUUGUGUCCUUCAAGGAUCUUCGGAUCAAGGACGUGGCGUGUGGGGAGGCCCACUGCCUGGCUUUGGACACGGAGGGGAAACUCUACGCCUGGGGCUUUGAUGAGUUCUGCCAGGUUGGCGGGAAGACUGCGGCAGACGAGGUCUUGGUGCAAAGUCCCCUGGCCUCACCCCGAGCUCCACGAGGGAAGGACAGCGACCUCCCCACAUCGGAAGGGAGCUGCCGGAUGGUUCCGAAGCCUCAUCGGCUCCCUUGCUCCGUCAGUUUCGUAGGCAUUGCGUGUGGCGCCCAGUUCUCUCUGGCACUGGACAACACCGGCGGUGUCUGGUGCUGGGGCAAUGGGGAGGCUCGGCGAUUCAGCAAGCUUUCCUUUUUUUUUUAUCAGCAGCUGCAUAGGAAACCGUCAACCUUUGUUCGACAUUGUAACCUGUCAUAG